AUGUCUCAUCACCACCACGAUGGACAGCAGCAGCAGGGCGAGAUUCAACAGAUUCUGCCAAAGACCUCGGUCGUGAACCAGCCCAAGAAGAACAACUCCAUGAACACAGCAGGCAAUGUCACCGUCCAGACCCACGCCCAAGAGUAUCCGGCGCAGCGUGUGCAUGGCUUCUACGGUACGAUGGUGAACGCCUUUGGUAGCAUUAUCGGAGCCUGUGGCAUGGGUACAAUUGGUCUGGUGACCCGCUUUGGACGAUACUACAAGACAGUCGACCCAGGUCUGAUCCGCCUCAACCCUUACACCGAGUCUGUCUACAAGGUUGACAUGCGUAUCCAAGUCUCCCACAUCCUCGACCAAGUUAUCAUGACGAAGGACAACGUGAACGUGCACAUUGACUCGGUCGUGUACUGGCACGUCAUUGACCCCUUCCAAUCAACCUACGGAAUAUCAAACGUCCAACAGGCCCUGGUCGAGCGUACAAAGACCACCCUCCGACAAGUCCUCGGAGCCAAGCUCCUCCAGGAGAUCAUUGAGAACCGAGAGCAACUUGGACACGAAAUUCAAGAGAUGAUCGAUGGCCCUGCGCAUGCAUGGGGUGUCGCUGUAGAGAGCAUCCUGAUCAAGGAUAUUCAGUUCUCAAAGAGUCUUCAGGAAGCCUUGUCGUCUGCUGCUCAGGCUAAGCGUAUUGCCGAGUCCAAGGUUAUUCAGGCGCAGUCGGAGGUUGAUAGUGCCAAGUUGAUGAGACAAGCUGCCGAAUUUUUGAAUACCCCUGCGGCAAUGCAGAUCCGUUACUUGGAGUCGAUGGCAUCAAUGGCGCGUCACAGCGGCCAAAAGACAAUCUUCAUGCCCACUACCGAUGACGCCAGAACACACUUCCAUUCCACCCCUGCCACUGGCGGUGACUCUGGUAGCGGCACUGGCUUCAACAUGCCUUCUGUCCAGAUCGCCGGCUCCAGUGGUGUUCAGACUUUGAAGUAUUAA